GGCGUUUCGGUGACUGCAAAGUCGUGUUGAACUUCACUGUGACUUAAACCUAAAAUAAUAAACACUCAAACAAACAUUAAAAUGGCUUUAAACGCGUGCUAUCGACUGACGAGGUGUGUUUUACAAGUUGCAGAAAGCAGAACUGUUGCUGUGAGAGCGUUAGCAUCGCGCUCGCGCUGUUUAUAUCGGCAGGCCGGUGUGAGUGCAGACCUUUGGACGCGCAGUUUCUCUGCAGCUGAUCAGCCCGCGGUGUCGGUGACUUAUGAGCAGAUAAAAAAGCUUCUUGUGACCAGGUCCGGUGUUGUAAUUGACGUGAGAGAGCCGUGGGAACUCCGAGAAUACGGCAGUAUACCUGGCUCUAUUAACGUGCCACUGGGUCAGGUGAUUGCGGCUCUUCAGCUGAAGCCAGAAGAGUUUAAGGAGAAAUAUGGAGGUGAAAUGCCUAUGGUUGGUGAACGCCUGAUCUUUACCUGUCUGGCAGGUGUGAGGAGUCCAAAAGCUCUGGAAGCAGCUCAGUCCUUAGGAUACUCCAAUGUACAGCACUAUCCAGGAGGAUGGCAAGACUGGGCUAAACAUGAAAUACUGCAGACUAAAGCGUGAGUCAUCAUGAAGAUGUUAAACUGUGAGAAAUAUACAAAAAGAAAAUUUCCAUGUACACUGUAAUAAAGGACGGACUGGUCAACGUCGUUCAGCUGCAAAUUUGAUCAUUAUUUAUUUGCCAAAUAUAAAGAAAUGAAUACUGAAACUGCACAGAAAGUCAAAUUACUCUUGUCCUAUUUUAUAAGCUUCUGUAUAUAUUUACCAACAUGUUUAUUGUGUGUUUAGCUUCAUUAAAGAUAUUUAUCAGGAAGCUUGAAUUGAAUUGAAAUGAAUUCUGGGAUACAGCCAUAACUGAAGCAGGUUUAAUAAUCGCUGCACCUUUAUAAUUAAUUUAGGAAGUUAUUAGUGUAUGUGGGAUUAUUCUAAGGCUCAUGCUCUGGAAACAGAAGACAGUACUGUAUAAAAGUUUGCACUCAUUUGCCUUAAAUCUUGUACUUUCAGUGUCUGAUUGAUAAAUAAAUGACUUGAAUGCAA